ACGACUAUAUCCUCAAGUGCGAAACUUGAGCACAAGCACAUACCCCACUUAUACCAGCAAACCAAAGCCUCCAAAAAAAGAUCGAGAUAUACUUACUAGUGUAUUGUAGGAAUAGUUAGAGAAGAGCUGAACCAAUCACAUCGAAGCCAGCAAUGUACUGUGCCUAGCUCGCGCUUGAGGACAAUAAGCCAAGUUCCAACACUCGAUUCGAAAGCGUCAGCUACCUACACAGCCCUGGGGAAGAGAGAGAGGGGGGGUCGCGACAAACUUUUUAUUUUGUUCUCUUCUCUUCCCUUUCCUUUUUUUCCCUUUUCGUUACUUUUGGUUUCUUAUCUUUUUGCAACCUCACCAGCAAACCUCAUCAGCAUGGCUACUACCUCCCCUCCCUACCACCCGCGCGUCGGCGUGGCAUGUAUAAUCCGCGACGCGCAGGGGCGCUUCGUGAUGGGCAAGCGGAAGGGCAGUCACGGAGCCGGCACGUGGCAGUUCCCCGGCGGACACCUGGAGAUGGGCGAGUCGCUGCUAGCGUGCGCGGAGCGCGAGACUCUCGAGGAGACGGGGCUCCGCGUGAAGGCGCUCCGGGUCGCGGCCGCGACGAACUCGGUGUUCGACCCGCUGACGAAGCACUACGUCACCGUGUUCGUGGAGUGUAGGCGGGAGGACGAGGAUGAUCAGCCGAAGCUGUUGGAGCCGGAGAAGUGCGAGAAUUGGGACUGGAUUAGUUGGGAUCAGGUACUGCAGUGGUACAAACAUCACGACGAUAACGUGACGCCCGAAUGGGCGCAGAAUAAAUGUUUUAUGCCGAUUAUAUCGCUAGUGGAGGAUUAUCCGGAUUUCGGGUCUUCUACCGCAUGAGGGAAGGAGAAUAGAAAGGACUGACACCAAUAACAUGAAAAAUUUGUAACAUUCAGUAAGAAUUGCAUCGGAUCGAUAGUGUUGGCUCUUAGAUUUCUUAUAUUGGUAUGUUAGAGAUAUGCAGCGUCUAUCUGAGUCUAGGUAGUACACAACAUGCGGCAUUUCACACUGUCUAAUACUAUAGCGUAC